CACGACCAACGUCAGUCUGUACAGUCUUUUCUUUUCUGAUUUCGAUCUGGUAAACUUAUUUGCUGAGUGUUAAAAGACUAUCUCAGACAAUUUCGUAUCUAAAGCAAAAGGCUAAAUUCGUAAAUCAAAUCUAAAGUGCAAUGCCGAAGAACAAGGGAAAAGGUGGUAAAAAUCGUCGACGUGGUAAGAACGAAAAUGAAUCCGAGAAACGUGAAUUGAUUUUCAAAGAAGACGAGCAGGAAUAUGCUCAAGUGACCAAAAUGCUUGGCAAUGGUAGACUCGAGGCGAUGUGCUUUGAUGGUGUGAAACGUCUUUGUCACAUUCGUGGAAAACUGAGGAAAAAGGUGUGGAUAAACCAGGGCGAUAUCAUUUUAGUGGGACUACGUGACUAUCAGGAUGCAAAGGCUGACGUUAUUCUCAAAUACACACCCGAUGAGGCGCGAAAUCUGAAAACGUACGGCGAAUUCCCCGAAUCGGUGCGUAUCAAUGACACAGUGACGUUCGUCGAGGAUGGUUUGGACGAGGACAUAGAAUUUGGUGAUGAAAUUAGUUCCGAAGAUGAUGCCGAUUCCGUGGACGCUAUAUAGAGAGUGUGUGGUGCAGGAACAAUUUUUUUUUUUUUGGCGUGUUAUCGUUAUUAUCGAAUCGUCUUAGCUAUUAAUAAAUUUUUAAACUAAAGAGAAAACAGAAACAAAAAAACCGGAGAAAUAAAACACAAACAAACAUUAACAUUCAGUAAACACAAAAAAACGAGCCACCAAAUUUAUUUUAAUUUCAAUUUCGUGGACUGCAUAAAGAAAAUCCUUUCGUUUUUUCCAAACCCAAGGUUUUAUUUGAGGUUCUCCUUAUUUUACUGAAACCUAAACUUUUUGCCUUUGCUGGCAAACAAAUCAAACUUUUUUCAUAAAAAGCAAAUUAUUUUUCACAUUUUAUUCCUCACCUCCCCCCUUUUUUUAUAAAAAUUUGAAUUUCGUUGAUUGAUUUUUGAUAUUUUUUUUAUUAAGUUUUUUUUCGUUUUUUAAAACUCCUAAAACAUGCAGCACAUCUACAAUAUGUAUUUAUGUAAAAACUUGUCGAUGGUUUGUAAAUUUAGAAAAAUUAAACAAAAAUUUGAUCACCGAAUCAACUAA